UCUCGUAUCGUAUGUUCUUUUUUGUUGGGUGCAUGAUUGGUUUGUUUUAAUGUUUCUUUGGUUUCUCGUUUGUUUUCAUCCUUAAUGGGAUGAUUUUCAUUUAAUCGUUUUCUUGGAAACGUAAAGCGCCUAAGAGAUGCAUGCAUCGAUACAGAAUCACGGCGGUCUUUGCACCUAGUAUCGAUUUUCUGGUCCUGUUCCCUUUUCCUGAAUGUGGGUUUGAUCCCAUUUAACCUUUUACGAGAAACGUUUUCGUCGAUUAUAUGUAUCUGGAGGUCUCCAUUUUUCUAUCUAGAUUGUAUUUUUUCCGGGUUUGUAAAUAUGUAUGCAUGAUAAUUCUUCGUAUUCUGAUUCUUUUUUCCAUUUAAAAAUUGGGGUUCUCAUCUCCUGCUUUGGAACGAUUAAGGGGAAAGUACACAGAGAGAUGCAUAUAUGGACAUAUAUUUGGAAUCUCUGCAGACUUUGGGAGACAUUUCUGGUAAUGUUGGUCUUCUACACAGCAUGGGUGUCCCCUUUCGAAUUUGGAUUCCUAGAGAAACCCAGUGGAGCUCUCUCCAUUGUUGAUAACAUUGUCAAUGGAUUUUUUGCAAUCGACAUUUUGUUGACCUUCUUUGUGGCUUAUCUCGAUAAAACUACCUACCUUCUUGUUGACAAUCCAAAGUUUAUCGCUUGGAAAUAUGCAAAAACCUGGUUGGUGUUUGACGUGAUUUCCACAGUCCCUUCAGAGCUUGCCAGGAGUGCUCUCCCUGAUAAGCUUCGAGCAUAUGGCUACUUUAGUAUGCUUCGGCUCUGGCGUCUUCGGCGAGUUGGUGCCAUGUUUGCAAGAUUGGAGAAAGAUCGGAACUUCAGCUAUUUUUGGGUCCGCUGUUUUAAACUUAUAUGCGUCACUCUGUUUGCAGUUCACUGUGCUGGCUGCUUCUAUUAUCGUGUUGCUGCUUUUUACAAAGACCCAAAAAGGACAUGGAUUGGGGCUGUGAUGAAUGACUUUCAUCAUCAGAGUUUGUGGGUUCGAUAUGUCACAUCAAUGUAUUGGUCCAUCACCACUCUUACAACCACGGGCUAUGGUGAUUUGCAUCCUGUGAAUACACAGGAGAUGAUCUUUGAUAUCUUUUACAUGCUCUUCAACCUUGGGUUAACUGCAUAUCUGAUUGGAAACAUGACAAACUUGGUUGUCCAUAUAACCAGUCGAACUAGGCAAUUUAGAGAUACUAUCCAAUCUGCCUCAGGUUUUGCACAGCGAAAUCAAUUGCCUUCUCGCCUGCAAGAUCAGAUGCUUGCUCACUUGUGCUUGAGGUACAGAACUGACUCCGAAGGACUGCAGCAACAGGAGAUUCUUGAAGCACUUCCUAAAGCCAUUAAAUCAAGUAUAUCACAUUUUCUCUUCUAUUCAGUUGUUGACCAGGUGUACUUGUUCCAUGGGGUGUCAAAUGACUUGCUCUUUCAACUGGUUUCAGAGAUGAAAGCCGAGUACUUUCCUCCCAAAGAAGAUGUGAUUCUGCAAAAUGAAGCACCCACAGAUUUGUACAUUCUGGUUUCUGGAACAGUUGAUGUUAUCAUAGCCACGAACGGGAUAGAACAUGUUGUUGGAGAUUUGAAGACAGGAGAUAUUUGUGGUGAAAUAGGUGUCUUAUGCUACAGGCCACAAUCAUUUACCAUUCGUACAAAACGAUUGAGCCAGUUGCUACGGUUGAAUCGUACUGCAUUUCUAAACAUUGUGCAGGCAAAUGUUGGUGAUGGGACAAUAAUAAUGAACAAUAUGCUUCAGCAUUUAAAAGAGCGGAGAGACCCUGUGAUGGAAGCAGUUUUGAUGGAUGUAGAGCACAUGCUGGCUCAUGGAAGAAUGGAUUUGCCUCUCAGUUUAUGUUUUGCAGCAAUGAGAGGAGAUGACCUACUGCUGAAUCAAUUGCUAAGGCGUGGUACAGAUCCAAAUGAAUUGGACAGCAAUGGUCGAACAGCUCUGCACAUUGCAGCAUCAGAAGGAAGUUUAGAAUGUGUUGUGCUACUUCUGGAUUAUGGAGCAGAUCCCAACAGAAGAGAUUCCGAAGGAAAUGUUCCCCUAUGGGAUGCAAUCUUGGGAAGGCAUGAAUCUGUGAUAAAACUACUUCAAGACAAUGGCGCUAAGUUAUCUUCAGGUGACGUGGGUCAGUUUGCUUGCUUCGCUGUUGAGCAAAACAGUUUAGACUUGCUUAAGGAAAUUGUUUCCUAUGGUGGAGACAUUACACUGCUCAAUAGCCUUGGGACUACUGCACUUCACACUGCUAUUUCUGAGGAGAACAUGGAGAUAGUGAAAUUCCUAGUGGAUCAAGGAGCCGACGUGGACAAGCCAGAUGUGCAUGGCUGGAGCCCAAGGGCUCUGGCAGAUUACCAGGGACAUGAAGAGAUAAAAGCUAUAUUUCAAGCCACAACAGAGAAUAGGAAUCAACCCGUUCCUGUGGUUCCUGGAAAGCAGGGAGUGCCCUACCUUAAGAAGUACCAGAGCGACCCAGUGAUAACGCCUUUUAUCCCUGAAGCUGUUACAGCAACAGAUGUCAAGGAGGCUACCUGGUCCAGUGGCCAUAGGAGAAGAAGGGCAAACGUCUUCCGCAAUUCACUCUUUGGGAUCAUGUCAUCUGCCCAUAGAUCUAGCAGAGUUGCAGUGGACCAUGCCGAUGACAAGGGCCUUUUCCCAUCUCAACGCAAUAUGGAAAGUCCUAGAUUCCCAGUCAGCAGGCGAACGAGGGUGACAAUUAGUUGCCCGGAAAAAGGAGAACUUCCUGGAAAGCUCAUACUUUUGCCGGACUCUAUUCAAGACCUACUCGACAUUGGUGCUCAGAAAUUUGGGGUCGAUGUUACCAAAGUGUUAGCGAGAAGUGGAGCUUUAAUUGAAGAGCUAGAAGUCAUUAGAGAUGGUGACCAUCUUAUUCUUGCUAGCGAUGGGGAAUUUGAGACUUAGGAAAACUAAGCAGUUAAAAGUUAGUUAAGUCCUGAAUUCAUGCGGCAAGUGUACAUUUUAACAUAUCUUUUGGGGGUUAGCAUUUUCCCUCUUCAGAAAAAAGAUAUAUACAUACAUACAUAUAUAUAUAUGUAUUGUUUCAGGUUUUGUCAUGUAUUUGGCUUUGGUUAUUCAGCAGUCUGGAUGUUUGAGGAAGGUAGUUAAAUGUUUGAAUGUUGGCAGAGGAGAAAGCGCAUGGUUGUACAUAGCGGUCAAUUUAAUUUUUUCAAGUAACUUUGA